UGUGUGCGAACGCGCCCGCACCCGCGCGCGGCGGACCCCCGCUUCGCCUCUUCCUUUCCCGCCUCCUUCGCUCCCUGCGAGCCUUGUCUGUCUUGUCUGCCGGCUGGGCCCAGCUCGCCCGGGGCAGGCAGCGCAGCUUGUCAGCCGCGGCGGAUCCGCCUUGCACGCAGCGGAGCAAUGGAGGGAGAGGCUGCUGCGGAUGCUUCGGCAGGGCCUGGCCCUGGCAGCGCGAGCUGAAGAGAGAAAGGGCGACGAGGCGGUCCCGCUGCUGUUCCGAGCAGAGGAGCGAGGGAGAAAGAGAGAGAGAGAGAGACUGAAGGGCGAUGCGGCUGCAGGCGCUGCUGAGGCGGGUUGCCUCCUGAGGGGAGACUCCCGUUCCGGGCUCUCGCUGUGCCCGCAGGGCCCGGUGGUGCUGCCGGGGCGGCGCCCGAGGCGGGCUAGGCGGGCCAUGCACGGGAGGGACGCGGCGGCGGGUUGCUGAGCAACUCUGGCCCAGGCAGAAGAACAGAAGCCCGGCCUUCCUUUCCCGGUGGCUCCGCAGGGGGAUAUAUAACACGGCGAGUCUCGGGAGUCUGGAAGGGUGCCUGGUCCUGCCGGGGCGCCUGCCUGCUUGCCUUUGGCCCUGGUGCCGGAUGGGAGCGCAGGGCGGCGGCGGCUGCUCCCCAGCCCCGAGCCGGGCUUGCUCGCUUGACAAGCUGAGCACCACCUCGGGGCACUUGUUACGGAGAAACAACCGAAGUUAUAUGGCUCAUAUCUGACAUCAUGCACCACCGGUGGCUGCUGUUAGCUGCAUGCUUUUGGGUAAUAUUCAUGUUCAUGGUUGCUAGCAAGUUCAUCACAUUGACCUUCAAAGAUCCUGAUGUGUAUGGUGCCAAGCAGGAACCAUUAAUAUUGACAGCUAUAACUGAAACAGAAAGAAAUCAAAUGACAAAAGUGAAAAGGGUGCCUGGAGAGUUUCAGACAAUAGGAAAGGGUCUAUCGAAAAACCUUGUACACCAGCCUCUGGUCCAUAUGGAAAGGCUUGAGCUACUCAGGAACGUCUGUCAAGAUGCAUCACUGAAAAACCUCACCCAUACUACUGUUUCAAAGUUUGUUUUGGACCGAAUAUUCGUUUGUGACAAGCACAAGAUCCUCUUCUGCCAAACUCCAAAAGUUGGCAAUACUCAGUGGAAGAAAGUCUUGAUUGUUUUAAAUGGAGCAUUUUCUUCCAUAGAGGACAUUCCAGAGAACGUUGUGCAUGACCAUGAGAAGAAUGGCCUCCCACGCUUAUCAUCUUUCAGUGACUCUGAAAUUCAGAAACGGCUGAGAUUAUACUUCAAAUUCUUCAUCGUAAGAGAUCCGUUUGAGAGGCUCAUCUCUGCAUUUAAGGAUAAGUUUGUCCACAACCCUCGAUUUGAACCAUGGUAUAGGCAUGAAAUUGCUCCUAGCAUCAUUCGAAAAUAUAGAAAGAAUCGCACCGAAACCAGGGGGCUGCAGUUUGAAGACUUUGUACGCUACUUGGGUGAUCCAAAUCAUCGAUGGCUAGAUAUACAAUUUGGGGACCACAUCAUUCAUUGGGUGACCUACGUGGAACUUUGUGCCCCUUGUGAAAUCACGUACAGUAUUAUUGGACAUCAUGAAACACUGGAGGAGGAUGCACCAUAUAUCCUGAAGGAAGCAGGAAUAGACCAUUUGGUGUCAUAUCCCACAAUUCCGCCUGGUAUAACAGUAUAUAACAAAACCAAGGUGGAGCGCUAUUUUGCAGGAGUAAGCAAGAGAGACAUACGACGUCUUUAUGCCCGGUUUGAAGGAGAUUUUAAUCUUUUUGGCUAUCAAGCACCUGAUUUCUUACUAAACUGAUGCCUAGAAACUGGAUAAAUGAGUCUAACAGACUUAAAUGAAGUAUACAAACAUUGUUCUCCAUGGUUAAGGUGCACGGUACUUUUCUAGGUUUCAUAAAGGGUUAAUUGUAUCUCUUGAACAUUUGCCUUAGGAACAACUAGUGACUGCAAAUUGUUAGCUAGUGGAAAUAGUUUUAAUAUAUGGCAUUGCAAUAUGUUACACACAAAACUCAUUUAAGAUAGAAAAUGUCAAACAUUCCUCUUUCCCUUGCUUAUAGAGGAAGAAUCAAUAAAUGAACUUGAUUGUGAUUGCAUUAUGAGGAACAUUUAGAAAGGGUGGUAGCUUUCUCUAGUGUGAAUGGGUCAAGGACCUGAAUGUGAAACUUAAAGGUCAAUACAGGACCAAAAAUUGGUAGGUAUUUUAUAGUUAAGGAGGAGCCUUCCAGAUUCUAGUAUGGACUUAAUCUAAAGGUUUUUCCUCCCAGUUUUUUCUCUUCCAUAACUUUGUGAGAAUUACUCUUGUUCAUAGAGGACAUUCAGUUGAGCAUUUUUAUCUGAUAACUCCUGAGAUCAUAUUGAAUCUUUUACAAAUGAAGCUGUAGAUCCCAGUUUACAUCCGAUCGCCAGGGAAAUAAAAAGUAUGGUCAUUUCUUUUAUUUGCUUGAGUAACUUUAGAUACCAGUGAUCUACUGUGUGUUUUAAUGGGGGUUGGUAAACCUGUGCAUUUUUGCAGUGUUUUUGUUUUCCUAAUGGUGCUGGCUAACUUAAUGACCAUACAAGCCAUGAAACUAUAUGAGUUUAUGAGUUGCCAUAAUAAAUUGGGUAUAUAAGAUGCCCAGAGUCUCUUUUCAAGGGCAUCUGAGAAGUGUAAUAAAUAAUUACAGUAAUAAUCUUAUGCUAUGUUCACAACUAGUAUCCUAUCUCUGAGGUCUGGUUUUUAAAUUUAGAAAUACCCAUGCAUGCAGUGGGGUACUGGGCCUCCAUUUUUAUCUCCACUGCAUGUGCAACACUAUUUUGUCAUGCAAAAGAUAAUGCCUGACUCCUGUGAUCCUGACAGUGUAAAAAGGAGUGGGAUGAUUGCAUAGGCAGGUGCCAACAGAUAUAGGCAUAUAAUUCCUGUGUAAUAUUAUAGUCACCAUAGGGUAUGAAUGUCCCUGCACCUGAUAGCAUGCAUGAUAUUUCAUGGCAGAAUAAUAUGUGGCUGAGCUCUUGAAAUGGCCACAUUUUGUCACUCCAAGGGUGAGAAACCAGAUUUCCAACCUUUCCACAAAAUAUAUCCUUCAGUUUUUAUGCACAAAUUUUUCUUCGUUCUUCCACAUGAUAAUUAUCUUCUGUCUGAAACCAGUGAAUGAACUGGUCAUUGAUGAGUAAUACAAGAUGUGUGUCUCUGUAUAUACUUUACUGAAGUUGAAUUAGAAAAAUUUAGAAACCCGUGACAGUUAAUUAUCCUUGUGUUGUCUUUGUUGGAUACAGGACAACUUUUUAUUUUUUUAUUUUUAUUUUUGGUUCACCAGCAAUAAAAACCUCCUGUUGACCAGCUUUGCUCUGUUGUGCUGCUAUGAGAAAGGAAUAGUUGCAUUUUGAUUGGUGGGUCAAAAGCUGGUUUUGGAUGGCAAUUUUGACACUUGACAUAAAUAUUAGAACUUAUAAUAGUAGUGUCUUAAACUUCCUUGGCAGGAAAUAGUGAGAAAUGAAGGAAGAUUAUUAUCUUGAAUCUGCCCACAGUAUAAUGAUCAAAGAUGUAUUUUAUAUCUGUAAACUUGAAGAGAAAGUCAGUGCCAAAAACUGCUGAUUUGUACAAAGAAAAAAGCUUGUAUGAGCCGGAUCUAAUCCCAGAAGUGUCUUUCAAGACGAAUAGCCAUUCCACACAUUACACAAAAAGAAGUGGCAGAAUUCUAGACUGUUCUACCAUUUCAGAUCAUGUGUAGGUCUACCCAAAUGUAGCACACCUGGAAGAGAGACUUUGUGUAACUUCCCCAUGCUGAUAACAUGUCAUAUGGAUAGGGAACUUUUAAAGUAGAAGAGCGUUAAAAAUAGCUUCCUUCCACACAUGUAUGGUUUUAUGUUAUACAGCCCACAGCUCUUCUACUUCAUACUGUGUAGAAUGGCUCUAAUUCAUGUAAGGGAGCGGUAUGGGAUUUAUUUUUCCAUGGCAUUCCCCCUGGCAGAUAUUAAUUCACUAUAGAAACACCCAUAUAUUAAUUGUUAUGUACAGGUAUGGAAGACAGUGUAGUAUAACCAUUAGGGUAAUGGACUGGGACUGAGAAGAUCUGGUUUUAGACUCACUGAGCCAUGGAAUUCACUGGUCACUUUGAGUGAGUCAUCUUCUGUCUGACCUACCUCACAGGGUUGUGAGGAUAAAAUGGGGAGCCAUUAAUGCUACCAUGAGUUCAGACGGAAGGCAGAAUAUAAAUGUAACAAGUAAUAAAUAUAUUGCCAUAUAGACAUGUAUUUGCAGUUUUAUACACAGAAGUAAUAUCCACUUUAAGGAGAUUAUUACAUGUGAAGUUGCCCUUAGUUACUCUUGCUAACAAGAGGUAUAUCCAAGGUAGCAAAGUUGGAAGCACUUUUGUUAAUUCUUUUGAGAAGUGAUGAUCUACACUAUCUGCAGUACAUUAGGUCUUAACUGAUGUUUCAUGUAACAGUUCAGUUAUUUUUAUAUGAAGUGUUAGAAAGGUUUAUUGUUUAAUGCAUUUCAGGACUAAUGAGCUGAUCAAGUUACCUCUCUGCUGAAUUAAAAUGUAACGAUGCGAGAAAUGUAUAGCAAAUUAAGGCCUUAAAAGCUAAUUCUAAUAAAAAAAGAUGAAGUAUA